UCUUGAACCCGAGAUAUCUCCAAUCCUAGGCUGCUUCCUUCCCUCUUCCCCUUCCCUCUUCCCCCUCCCUCUGUCCAAUCCUCGCAAUCUGAUGAUCGCUGAUUUGCACUCGAGCCAAGUUCAACCACGAUACUCACAUCAUCAUAGUAUGCGUGUACAGCCGAGAACGGCGCUAGGGAUCAUUAAGUAGGUACCUAGGUUCUUCUGUGCCACGUAUAACUAAUGGAAGCCCGGUAGAACUUGACAUGAUCAGUGUGUCGUGUGUCGUUUGACAGAGAGAGAAACGAGCGUUAGUUUCUGUCUCGAGUCUUCCCAUACACACUGAUAGAUAGAACACACGCUAUCCUUUCAGCAUGGCAGACUCUGAGACGCUUCUAUGGGCACGCUCCCAGGUUGUCAAGCAUGUUGGCCAAGCGUACGAGGGCCUCCAGGAAUCGGGUCGUGGCUGUGCUUCAGCGGUCAAGACUUACUGGGGUAAAUACUCCUUCCAAACCCAUCAAAGAGAGUCCAUCUAUACUGCUGCCGGCGCCGUAUUGUUGGUCUCCACGAUAAUCAUGUAUCUCGUUCGCAGGCGGAAUCUUAGAAAGACCUCCAUGCGACCGUCCACACCUACUGCACCGGCACUCGAAAAGGCAGCAUUGAGAGACGGCAGCGCCCCAAAGACCCAAGGCCGUGAAUGGGGCAAGUGGAUCCCGUCCGACUUUUGCACACCCAAGCCGGAUCCAUAUCCGGACUGGUCAGUGGAAAACACCAAACCACUUCCAUACCGACCGUUCCGAUACGGUCCGAAAUAUAACGUAACUAUGGGGCUCCGAUCGAUAAAACACACCGACUGGAUUGAGCUAGACAACCACUACCCGCGGUACCACGCGGACAAGGCGCAACGGAUCCAAGAGCGGGGCUCUAAGUGCUGCAGGACGGCACCAGAAGCCUUUCCCGCAGCAGUCGAGCUACUCGAGGAACUCGCCGAUUACCUACCGUCACGAUAUCCGUCGAUGUACAAGCGAACGGACGUCGGCAUCGACAAUCUCUGGUCAGGCGAAAGUUUCGACAUCGUGACACGGCCGCUGCCCGAAGACCCAAUGCAAACCUGCGCGCGGCUCGUGCAGGACGACCUCGCGAUCAUGAUCGAGAAGGAAGACAGCCAGUACUACCUGCUAGCGGGCGCAGUGCUUCUCGCGGGAUUCUGGCGGCUGGAGGACAAGUACCAGAUGCCGCUAUCGGAGAUCCACACAUCGGGCUCGGUGCCGCAGUACAAGGAGAAGCUGGAGAAGGGCAUGAUGAACUUCUUCCGGCGGCUGAAGCCAGAGGAGAUGGUGGCGCGCAACAACUACUUCUUCCAGGUGGACGACGCGCUGCCGUGGUCGUGGAGCAUCGGGUCCGAGGAUGCGGAGGAGGUGAGCUGGGGCACGGCGGAGAAGGAUCGCGCCGUGAGCCACCACUACUUCCGGUCAGAGCGGCAAUCGCUGCGGCGGCUACCGAAGUCAGGGGGGGUUGUCUUCACCAUCCGCACUUACUUCCACCCGGUUACGGAGAUCGCGGAGGAGGACUACGUGCCGGGAAGAUUGGCCAGCGCGAUCAGAAGCUGGGGAGACGAUGUGAGUCGGUAUAAGGGAAAGGAGAAGUAUGGAGAUGUGUUGCUAGAGUAUUUGGAUAAGAAGCACAAGGAACAGGUUGAUAGGGGGUUAGAUCUUAGCCGUGAGGAGGAAGUGAGGGCAUAUCCUUAUUGAUGUUAUUAUUUAUUAUCAAUAUGUAUUUGUAGUAGGUGAGGUAGGUAAUUCCAUCAAUCAGAUCAACUAAGAAGAAUUGGCCAAAA